AUGACCGACGAUACUCAGAUGGUAGCUGUGCAGACGCAGAAUUGCGGAGUGCUUCAUGUUUAUGUACAAGGGAAUUUAGAUGAACGAAAUGGAAAAACAAUUAUUCUCACUUGCCAUGAUGUUGGCACAAAUUACAAAACAUUCGUUCGAUUCGUGAAUCAUCCAUCCAUGGUCGAUGUGAAAAACAAAUCCAUCUUUCUUCAUGUAUGUGUGCCUGGGCAAGAGGAUAAUGCGGCUGAUUACAUUGGAGAAUUCCCAACGCUCGACCAGAUUGCCUCAGAUUUGAACUAUGUGCUCGAUAAGCUCGAUGUCAAGUCAUGCAUCGUCUUCGGCGAAGGAGCCGGUGCGAACAUUUUAUGUCGGUUUGCGAUGGCAAAUCCCAAUAGGAUUCUUGGAACAAUUCUUGUGCAUUGCACGUCAACGACAGCAGGAAUUGUAGAAUACUGCAAAGAUAAGGUUAUCAAUAUGCGCCUUGAAAAUGACAUCAUGACCGAUGGUGCAUGGGAAUAUCUAGUUACGCACAAGUUCGGAACUGUAAACAAGAAGGACAGACAAAUGUAUGUGGACGAGUUGAAACGUACAUUGAAUCCACGUAAUUUAAGCAAAUAUUUGCUGUCAUUCACUAAAAGGACAGAUUUAUCUGGUUCGAUCGGAACAAAACUCGACAACGUGGAUACUCUACUAGUCUCUGGCUCAAAGGCAUCACACCUGCACACCGUUUAUACUACACAGAAAAGUAUGAAUCGACGCAAAACAACAUUGCUUGUGGUGGACAACGUUGCUGACGUACUUCAGGAAGCUCCGGAUAAUAUGGCUCGUUCAUUCAUUCUGUUAUGCAAAGGAUGUGGUGUUCUAUCGGGUGUCGCGAUUCCUGGAAUGGAACGACAACGGACCCUCAGCAGCUCAAUGGAAGAAGCCGAUCGCCCUCGUCGUCUUUCCGUUACACAGCCGAAUCUGCCGCCAGUACCUUCAGCCUGA